GUCACGGCCACAGUCGACGCCAGGUGUCUGUGCCUGUCGUGAGUUGUCUUCGAAUUUCCACGAUGACGUAAAUAAAACCUCGCGAUUCGUCCCGCUAUCUCUGCAAAACAAGGCCGUGUGACGUCCACGUUGAAACGUUUUUUUUCAUCGAGACAAAGGAGGAACUGCUUUGCAAAAUUUGAACAUUCUUGGCUGGCCGCUUCCACUCUCUUCUUCCAGAAGGAACCACGACAAAGAGCAAAUUGAAAAAUGGCUGAAAAUGUGGAACCAGGAAAGUCUAUUGGCCUCGCGGGCAUGGCGGCCAACACGUUGAAUCCGAUCAAUCACAGCAGCGCUGCCCGUCCGUCUCAUUUGCCAUCGGUGGCGGAAGGAUCGCCACGAGUGACAUCGCCAGGUGUGAAAGCAUCGUCGACUGCAUUGCCCGUCUCGGCGUCUUGCACUUCCACGUCGGGCCCCUCCUCCUCUUCGCUGCCGACGUCUAGCGGAGCUGGUGUUAGCGUCGCACCUAGCGGCGGGAUUGGAACUAACUCCUCCUCCUUCUCCUCUGCCACGGCGAAUUCAUCGAGUGCGGGCUCGAAUCAGCCGCAGCUUUCAGUUGCCGUGUCGACUUCUAAAGGCGUAGGCGCUGCUUCUUUUGCUGAAACGAGCCGACCAUCCGCCGGAUCGCCAUCGGUCGUGUCCACUCAUGCGAUUGCGGCCCCGCUCAGACAGCACCACCAGUCGCAUCCGACCUCUUCUCCGCCGUCCUAUUCUUGGGUGCAGAGUCAUCAGCCGCCGCGUCCGUCUGUCAGCGCUGCCGGAUUGUCUUAUCCGCUGGACGAGCCGGAUCAGUCGAUCGAAGGCGCCGGUUACAACUGGUCGGCCAGAAAUCAAGCGACCUGGAGCGGUCCAGUCCCUCUCUUAGUGCGUCGUGUCAGCACCAGCGGAGGCAACGGCGCCGGAUGCGCACGUUACGGCAGCCUCAACCGGCGCAGUCACAACCGCAGCAGCCAAUUGCACCAACAGCAGCCGUCGAGUAGUUUGCGCUUGGUCAACGGCGGACUGGCAGGCGGCGCCGCCAACAACGGCUACCCGUCGUCGGAAGAGGAGCUGAGGAGUCCGCGUCAUCGACGUCUCUACCAACAGCAGCAGCCGCUGCUCGGCAACGGCCUCAACGGCCGCAGCGAUGAUUUGGCCAACGCCUAUUACGCCGGAUCGGGUAGUUGCGGAGGCGUAUCGGGUGGCUAUUCUUACGGAGGCGGUGGAGGCGGCGGCGGCGGCGGCAUCGGAACGUGCUGCUCCGAUUCGCUAGUGACGGCGCUCGAGGACGAAGCGUCUACGUCGUCGUUCGUGCCGGAUUACCUGGUGGCUGGCGCCGACGACAUGAAUUUUAUCAACAAUAAAGAGAUGAGUGCCAGUGGCGGUGUGGCCGGAUGCGGGAGCACGGCCGGCAGCUUCGUGGCCGGUGGCGGACGAGUCCACUUUAGCAACAGUGCGGCCGGAGGAGACGACGUCAGCCUUUAUGGGACGCCGAAGGAGGAAGCCGGACCGGGUCCGGGCCCGGCCAACAUGGGCGGCGAGCCGAAACCAUCCUUCAUCCGCAACCAGCUUCAAGCCCUCUUCCAGCCGACGGACAACAAGCUGGCCAUGAAACUCUUUGGCAGUAAAAAGGCCCUCAUGAAGGAGCGCAUUCGACAAAAGGCCGCAGGACACUGGAUUAUCCACCCGUGCUCCAAUUUCCGAUUUUAUUGGGACUUGUGCAUGUUAUUCCUGCUGGUGGCCAACUUGAUCAUCCUGCCCGUGGCCAUCUCGUUUUUCAACGAUGACCUGAGCACUCGCUGGAUUGCCUUCAACUGCCUUAGCGACACCAUCUUCAUGAUCGACAUCGUCGUCAAUUUUCGAACAGGUAUUAUGCAACAAGAUAACUCUGAGCAGGUCAUCUUGGACCCGAAGCUGAUAGCUAGGCACUAUCUGCGCACAUGGUUCUUCCUCGACUUGAUCAGCUCCAUCCCACUUGAUUACAUCUUCCUCAUCUUCAAUCAGGACUUUAGCGAAAGCUUUCAAAUCCUGCAAGCCGGCCGAGCGUUGAGGAUCCUGCGCUUGGCCAAACUGCUGUCUCUUGUCCGGCUUCUCCGACUGUCGCGUCUCGUCCGCUACGUCAACCAGUGGGAAGAAGUUUACUUCCUCAACAUGGCCAGCGUUUUCAUGAGGAUCUUCAACCUGAUCUGUAUGAUGCUGCUGAUCGGACACUGGUCGGGCUGCCUCCAGUUCCUGGUGCCAAUGUUGCAGGGAUUUCCGCCCAACUCGUGGGUCGCCAUCAACGAAUUACAGGAAUCUUUCUGGCUGGAACAGUACUCUUGGGCGCUAUUCAAAGCCAUGUCUCACAUGCUGUGCAUCGGUUACGGACGAUUCCCCCCUCAGUCAUUGACGGAUAUGUGGCUGACGAUGCUAUCGAUGAUCAGCGGCGCCACCUGCUACGCUCUCUUCCUUGGACACGCCACCAAUCUCAUCCAGAGCCUCGACUCUUCUCGUCGACAGUAUCGCGAAAAGCUGAAGCAGGUGGAGGAGUACAUGGCGUACCGGCGGUUGCCACGCGACAUGCGCCAGAGGAUCACCGAAUACUUCGAACACCGCUACCAAGGCAAAUUCUUCGACGAAGACGCCAUCUUGGGAGAGUUGUCGGAGAAGUUACGCGAGGAUGUCAUCAAUUUCAACUGCCGAUCUUUGGUGGCUUCAGUACCGUUUUUUGCCAAUGCCGAUCCAGCCUUCGUCUCCGAUGUAGUCACCAAACUCAUUUACGAGGUCUUCCAACCGGGUGAUAUUAUCAUCAAAGAGGGCACCAUUGGAACGAAGAUGUACUUCAUCCAGGAGGGCAUCGUCGACAUCGUCAUGGGCAACGGUGAAGUGGCCACAUCUUUAAGUGACGGCUCAUACUUUGGCGAGAUUUGUCUCCUGACUAACGCUCGACGAGUGGCCAGCGUCCGGGCAGAAACUUACUGUAACCUAUUCUCCCUCUCGGUGGAACAUUUUAACGCCGUCCUCGACCAGUAUCCACUCAUGAGAAGAACGCUAGAGAGCGUUGCUGCCGAAAGGUUAAAUAAAAUAGGAAAGAAUCCAACCAUGGUAUCAAACCGUGAAGACUUGCAGAGUGACUGUAAAACAGUCAACGCCAUCGUCAGUGGUAUGACGACAGGUGGCCAUUCUGGGCCGGGCAGUACGGAAGAAUUCGGUGGUCACCAUUUGGGUCAUCGACGGCGUUCUUCCACGGGUAGAAUUCACAACUAUUUGUACCAACAUUCGCCCGCAAUGUCGCCACCGUACAGCCUUCCGCGCCCUCGCUCCGAGAACAACUUCGCCCUGGCCGCAGCAGCAGCUUCCAUGGCCGCUGCAGCGUUCGGUGUGCCGUCCGGCAGCGUCCACGACGAUCGCACAUUCGACCUCAAAUCCGAAGACAAGAUCAGGCCCAAUCACUGACUCUUGUUCACUCGUUUAAACGUCGCGAUUGUUUCUUUGUUUUCCUCCUCAAAAAGUUCGUCGUUGGUACGUUAUCGAAUUGUUUGGCCAUUGAAUAACGUGACGGAUGGGGGGGAAACUAACCCACAAUAUUCUAAUGUAGCAAUAAUUCGUGUGUCGGUAGCGAUAUGUAGAAACCAAAAGUUUUGUUUGGAUACGAAAUCAAGCAAGUAGCUGGAGCAGUUUAUGCUUUGGCACCACACUGCACAGUCACCAAAACUCGCAAGAUGGCUACACAUGACAGAAGCUAUGUCUCCAAGUGUAUCUGAUUAUCCUUCCCUUGUCUUUCCACUCAACAGAAACAUUGUGUUAUGGGUUCCUGACUUUUUGAAACCAUCACUUUUAAUCUUCGCGACUUGGCUUCUCGAAUUUCAAAAGUGUUGGAGAUUCAACACUGCAAGUAAGUCGAUUUUUCAGCAGACCUCAAUUGAAAACCACAACAUGUUUUAAAAUUUUCGGUGCAUCUCUCUAGUCUCGCGGGUACCUAAUCUAGUCGUUUACUUGAUUUGAUAGAAUUUCUGUUUAAAACAAAAACAAAAUGGAUUUAAAGUGUAGGUCUAGUCGUCACAGCUACAAGGGACAAUGUUCUGACGCCGUAUGUAUCGGCCAGUGUUGCUCGAGUACCUCUAGUCGAGAAAGUAAGGUCGCAGAGAGUUAUUGUGUAAACUUGAAUUUGUUACGUUACGUUUUUUUUUCUUCUUUUAUUAUGACAGUUUUUCCUCAAAAUCACUAUUGCUUGUUUCCGUUCAUGAAAAAUGCAGCCGUUUUCGAAAAUUAUGUUGUUUUGUUGAGAGUGAAAGUUCCUGUUUAAUCGAGAGUAUACUAGUUGAGGGCCAUGCAUUAUAGUAGCCAGAUGAUUUACACACUAAAGCACAUUCAACAUUUGUAGGCUAUGCGAGCGGUAAAAAUAAAUCCACGUUUUUCGCCGGUGA